UGUUUUAGAUUGUGAAGUUGUUGAAUUUCUGAAUUCCAAGCAAAAAUUGCAGUCAAAGUUGUUUGCUUUAGUAUAUAAUAUAAGUGAAGCUUUUUCAUAUUAUUUUUUAAUUUCAAUGAAGAAUUUCUUCAUCAUUGACUAAAGACCAAAAGCAGCCACCCCCGACCCACCCCAACCCCGGGGGGAGGGGGGGAGGAAUUUGUUAUGUGUUGUUCUUCUUUCAUUUUCCACAGAGAAAAAAUGGGUUCAGUACUAAUACUAUUGAGGUUUGAAUAUUCUUUCAUUUUCAUCCUCUUCAAAUAAUUCGACCCUUUUCAUUUACCUUUGUAAGGUGACUCUGUUUCUGCAAUCUUUAUUACAUGGGGCUUUGUCUGGGAAAAUCUGCUAAACUUGCUCAUGCUUCUUCUGGACAAUUCUCUGACAAUAAGCAUACAGAUGGCAAUACAGAAAAUAAGUACCCGGCUUCUUCGAACCAGCAAAACCAUUCAGGCUCUUUGUGCAGUGUACUCUUAGCAUCAAAAGGUCUUUCGAGCAACCUCAAAUCAUUCACCUUAACCGACCUCAAAACCGCUACUAGAAACUUCCGUUCAGACAGUCUCCUCGGAGAAGGAGGCUUCGGUUAUGUCUUCAAAGGAUGGAUAGACGAGCAAACCUUCGCCCCAAGCAAACCAGGCACUGGUAUGGUAGUUGCCGUCAAAAAACUCAAGCCCGAAAGCUUUCAAGGCCACAGAGAAUGGCUUACAGAAGUUAACUACUUAGGCCUUCUACACCACGAGAAUCUCGUGAAGCUAAUCGGCUACUGUUCAGAAUCCGAGAACAAGCUUUUGGUCUACGAGUACAUGCCGAAAGGAAGCUUGGAGAAUCAUCUAUUCAGAAAAGGAGUGCAACUUAUGCCGUGGGCGAUACGGUUAAGGAUUGCAGUUGAUGUUGCAAGAGGGUUAUCGUUCUUGCAUAGUCUAGAUGCUAAUGUUAUCUAUCGGGACUUAAAGGCAUCUAACGUACUUCUUGAUUCGGAUUUCAAUGCAAAGCUUUCGGAUUUUGGGCUUGCGAGGGAGGGUCCGAAAGGAGAUAGAACUCAUGUCUCGACUCGUGUUUUGGGUACUCGUGGUUAUGCUGCACCGGAAUACGUAGCGACAGGUCACUUAAGUCCAAAGAGCGACGUGUACAGCUUCGGAGUGGUUCUGCUGGAGCUUCUGUCUGGUAAACGAGCCACGGGCGAUGAAAAUGCAGGUGGAGCCGAAGAAACGUUGGUCGAUUGGGCUAAGCCGUUUUUAAGCGACAGCAGAAAAAUGUUGAGAAUAAUGGACUCGAGGUUAGGGGGCCAAUAUUCGAAAAAGGGGGCGCAAGCUACAGCUGCACUCGCAUUACGAUGCCUAGACGUGGAUAGUAAGAAUCGUCCGCCCAUGACUGAGGUUUUUUCUGCGCUCGAACAACUUCAAGCUUCGAAUAAUAGUGCGAGGAUGUUGGAAAAUACUAUGAAUGACAAGUUUUUCCCUUGUAGAACUACGAGAGAUAUCGGACAAUCGAGGUAAUUUUUUUAUUUUUUUAUUUUUUUUGGUUGUUGUGUGGGGGUAUAUACAUAUUAGGAGGUGUUCUUUUGUUACAUGUGUAAUUGUGCAAUAUGUAAUUCUUACGAAAAAUCUAUUUCUUAAACAUAAUUAGUUAAGAUAAUAUUAUGUAAUCUUACGAAAACUCAACCGUAUAAUUGCACUAGCCAAUGAAAAAUCGAAAA